CCUGCCAAGCGGCUCUCACUUCUCACACCUUUCUUCGGUGACCGGUUGACAUCUAAAACCCGAAUCGAGCUCCGUGUUGUUUGAUUCGUGACUUGUUGAGCAAACGUGAGUCGGUGAGUGCAUUCGAUCGCACUGCGGCCUAAUUGACUAGCCAGUUCCUGAUUCUUUCGUCAUUCCUUAACCCUUCCUCCUCCUUGCGUUGCGAUUAGGUUGCUGCGAAGGCGAUUCGGGUCAAAUUUUUGGGUUGGAAAAAAAGUUACCAAAGAUAUUUGUGCUUUACUCGCGGAAUAUGAUGGCCGCGGCUGCGGCUGGCAAGUGGGUGGGGCAGUUAGGAACAAAUUCAGGGAUGAGCCUGGUUGUUGGGGCUUCCAAAACGCACUCUAUCAUGGAUAGAGUGUCUUCAGCUGUUUCCCCCCUGACUAAACAAAUUUAUUGUAGACGCAUAUCUCAACUGGCAAAUUCUAACGGAAAGCGAUUGUUUCUCGUUGAUACGUUAGCCCUUGUUAGGAGAUUGGAAGGGCAAGGUGUGCCCUCAAAACAGGCGGAGGCUAUAACUGCUGCCAUAACUGAAGUUUUGAAUGACACUAUAGAAAAUGCAUCUCAAUCAUUUGUUUCCAAAGGAGAAAUACAAAAAAUUGAAAUGAUUCAAGAAGCCAACGUUUCGAAAUUCAAAUCUGAAGUACAAAGUUCACAGGGCCAUCAUUUUCUAUGUUGCAACAUGAAACUGAGAAAACUUCGGAAUGACAUAGAGAAGAUGCGUAGUGAAUUAAGAUAUGAGAUAGAUAAAGUCACUGCAGGGCAGCGACUGGAUUUGAACCUUGAAAGGGGGAGAAUAAGGGAUGAAUUAAACAAUCAGAGUGCUGAAACUACAAAUCUGACAAACAAACUUGAUAAAGUAAGGAUAUGUUGUGCAUAUGACUUGGAGAAGAAUUUUUUUCAAUUACUCUCAUACUUAUGUCUUGAUGUAAUGCAAUGUCAGGAAUUCAUGCUUUAAAAGCACAGUUGGAAGCAGCAAAAUAUGAAGUUAUUAAAUACUGCAUAGGGACCCUUGUUUCAAUCUCUGCGGUUGGCCUUGCUGUUGUUCGUAUUUUGAUGUAAAUAUACGUUGUCCACUAACGUUCACAUAAUAAGGUCAAAAAGACCCUAAAAAUUAUGUUUUUUAGACUCAUAUUUCUUAAGAAGAUAAUUG